AUGGGAGUUGACCUCACUGGUGUGCAGAAGAAGAAGCGCGUGGUGCGCCACCACACGUACUCGACGAACCCGUACAUCAAGCUGCUCAUCAAGCUCUACAAGUUCCUCGCCCAGCGCACGAACUCCAGCUUCAACAAGCUCGUCCACCAGCGCCUGCUGAAGAGCCGCAGCAACCGCGCCCCCAUCUCCCUCAGCCGCAUCGCCGUCUGCCUCCGCCGCAAGUCCGUGUGGCUCGAGAAGGGCAAAAAGGCCCCCAUCGCCGUCGUCGUCGGGGACGUCCUCGAUGAUGUGCGCAUGGCCCGCAUCCCCGCCCUCCGCGUGUGUGCGCUGCGCUUCUCGAAGAGCGCCCGCGAACGCAUCACCGGCGCCGGCGGCGAGUGCCUGACAUUCGACCAGCUCGCCAUGGUCGCCCCAACGGGGAAGAACACAAUGCUGCUGCGCGGCCGCAAGGCUGGACGUGAGGCGGUGAAGCACUUCGGCGCCGCCGGUGUGCCCGGCAGCCACGCCAAGCCGUACCUCAAGUCUCGCGGAAAGGAAAAGGAACGCGUGGGUACUCGCCGUCGCGCCUUCCGCCACAAGUAA